AUGAGCUUGAAAGAAGUAUUCGAACAACAUCCAUGGAGGUCAUUUAAGAAGUUCAAUGAAGCUGCAAAGAGUUGGGGAUUUACUAACAGAGCUGAAGUGAAAAGGUUCUUUGACAAAAAUGUUGUACAUCAAACAAAAAUAAACCCUUACGACUACUUUUUACCAAUUUACUCCAACGCUCCUGACGCAUACCAAUUUGACACUCUCAUUCAAAGCAGAAAAGGAGGACAUAAACCAUUCCUCAUCUUCAUAAAUGUUAACACUCGUAAAGCAUAUGCAUAUCCAAUGAAAAAUAAAGGAACUCGUGAAGUGUUAAGAGUUUUACAAAAGUUUGUAGCAGAACAUAACCCAAGUACUUUAACAUCAGACCAAGACAGUGCAUACCUCAGCAAUGAAAUCACAGAAUUUCUCAUUAAGCAUAACAUAACUCACUACACUACUGAAGACCAUAACCAUAACAUACUCGGCAUCAUAAACCGCUUCAUAAGAACGCUCAGAGAUUUAAACCAAGAGCGAGACUUUACCGAAGAAACAAUGAAACAUUUUCUCGAAGUAUAUAAUUCCUCAACACAUUCUACAACAGGACAUACACCAAAUUCA